AUGACAUCUUCAAUCCAAGAAACGAGCAUUACAAAAAAUGAUAGUUACGGCGUUAAAAGCAGUAAUCAUAAUGAUGAUGCUAUCAUGCCAGUGAAACUUCACUCAGCAUAUCGUUAUACUCACGCUAGCGAAUUGCGCAUAGCUGUUAACGGUUUCACGCUAGAUAUGUCGAAAGCAAUAGAUAAAGUGUAUAAAUUUGAAUUAAAAAUGUAUGGCAUCAAAGGUGAUGGAAAAGAAAAAGAACUAUCUCGUGGUCCAAGAAAUGACGUAGCUCUAUCCAUUCGUCAUCAGGCGCUUUGGUCCAUAUAUCAUCAAAUGUUAAAAAGUCAUGAAUACUUAUUUGGUAAAAAUUUGAUAAAGUAUUUUUAUGAUUGUGGAAUCAAUUUUUAUUCCGUGGAUGAAUUGUGGAAUCGUGAAGAGGGCGAAAAAGAAUUAAAAAUAAAUAUUGAAUUGUUGUGUCCAACUUCAAGAGAUUUUCUUGGUAAGCAAACCGUUCGAUUAGUUGCACGCUUGUUGCCUUGUGGAGAGGUGUUUAUGCAUAAUAAAACAGUCACUGAAACAGAUCAUAAUCGGUCGUUGCUACAGUUUUUAGAAAUUGCUACUUCACAAAUGAUGUUUGAUAAAGGAACUCAUUUAUGUUUUCGAAACAAGGCAUAUGAAUACUCAAGUGAUCAGAAUGCUGAAAUAUAUAGUGGUAAAGUCGUAGUUUCUGGUAUGGAAAAGAAUAUCCGUCUUGUUGGUAACUCGUGGGAUGAGGCUACGCCUAUUGUCCAAAUUGACGGUAAUAUUUAA